AUGGUCCUGCGAAGCAAGAACCUGGUCCGUUACGUGUUCCAGAACCAGCACAAGCUGAUCCAGCAGCUGCUCGUACAGGGUGGUCCGGUACGGGCGUGCAGCGGUCAUGGCGGUACGCAGCAGCAGGCCCAGCUGCGCGUGGAGGAAGAUGACAACUUCCCGAAGAUUGCCGAGGUGCCACCGCUAGCGGCACCGUUCCCGAUGACGGUCGAGCAUGCGGACAACGUGGGAGAACAGUUCAAGUACUCCGAUCUCAGUGUACGUCUGGCGGCACCGCAUCAGCUUAACCCGAAGCCGGACGUUGACGAUCUGGCAUUCGGGAAGUACUUCACCGACCACAUGCUCAAGGUGCCGUACCAUCGCAGACUGGGAGGUUGGCAGAAACCAGAAAUUACGCCCAUGGAAAACCUCAACCUACACCCGGCGGCUAAAGUGUUCCACUACGCCAUUGAGCUGUUCGAAGGCAUGAAGGCGUACCGUGGAUUUGAUGGGAAGAUUCGUCUGUUCCGACCGGAGAUGAAUAUGGCGCGCAUGAACGCUACCGCCUACCGGUCCGGUCUGCCCACGUUCGAGGGUGAGGAUCUGAUCAAAGCAAUGGCGCGGUUGAUCAUGAUCGAUUCGGAGUGGGUACCGCAUACCGAAUCUGCCAGCCUGUACAUCCGCCCAACGCUGAUCGGCAUUGAGCCAACGCUAGGAGUUGCAUCGUCCGAUUCUGCCCUACUGUACACCAUCCUGUCGCCUGUCGGACCUUACUUUAAGCCGGGCGCAAAGGGACUAAAGCUGUACGCCGAGCCCAAGUACACACGUGCCUGGCCCGGUGGUGUCGGUGACCGCAAGGUUGGUUCCAACUACGGACCUACGAUCCACGUACAGCAGGAGGCACUGCGUAACGGUUGCCAUCAGGUCCUGUGGCUGUACGGCGAUGACCAUCAACUGACGGAAGUUGGCGUCAUGAACAUCUUCAUGCUGUACAUGAAGGAGAACGGAGAGCGUGAACUGGUAACACCACCACUAAACGGACUCAUCCUGCCCGGUAUCACGCGCGACUCCAUCAUCCGCCUAUGCCACCACUGGGGCGAAUUUUCGGUUCGCGAGGAAAAGUUCACCAUGCCCGAAAUCAAGAAGCUCUCCAAGGAGGGACGACUGCUGGAACUGUUUGGCGCUGGUACGGCAGCCGUUAUCAGCCCGAUCGAGCAAAUCUCCUACUUGGGCGAAGACAUCUUCGUGCCAACGGAAAGCCACGACAAUCCGGUGUACCGGCGGCUGUACAACACCCUCACUGAUAUCCAGUACGGCAAGCUGGAACAUCCAUGGGCCUAUGUUAUAGACUGA